AUGUAUGUUGGUAUUCUACUUGCUAUAGCAGCGUUUGCCUCUGAUAUCUAUACUGGUAUUGUGCUGCUAGCGUUUGAUAGAUGGUCUUCUACCAUUGAGCCAUAUGUGCCAUUUAGGAUUUCCAGAUGGCUUUUUGGAGGCUGUAUUAUUUUGUCAGUUUUGCUCUUUAUCUAUGAUUUCAUUGUGGCAUACACUACUAUACGAACGAAGAACAUCAGCUUGAACUAUACAGACCCCAUUGCGAGAAAUGUUUACAGCAUUCGUGGGUACCGAUACUUCUGUCUGUUUGCGAAGCUCACCAAAUCAAGAAGUCUGACAGAGUAUGUGGCUCUAUUUGUGUAUUUUAGUUUCAAAGGCUGGAUCCGCUUGAUAUUUGCAGACUCGCCACGUCAAGUUUUGAAUGCAUUGACACUUUACUCGGUGCUACAGAUUCAGGGGAACUUUGUGAGCACAAUUAAAAAGCUCGCACAAAACUCAACGGUUGAAGCUGUGGUAAUUGGGUUUAUGGCUUUCAGUUUGUUGGUAUGGGUAGUGAAUAUCAUCCAAUUUGGCUUAGCUUUGAUUUGUGCUGUGCCUAUUUACAUUCAUAUUGGAGACCAAGCUUCUGGUCUAGAAGAGUAUUGCUGUGUUAAGGUUAAUAAAAGGAUUGCCAGGCUAGUUGAAAAGUAUCAUCGAAAGGGAAUGAAAGAGCUGGCAGAAGCCAAUAAAAAGUUAGAGAAACAGCCAUCACUUCCUCGAGUCGAUACAUCCACUCUCGACAGUCACAGUCGCUACAACGAGAAGGCCAGUUAUUCAUUCGAUCAGUUGUCCUCACUUCAGCCAAGUUCCAGCCUGAAACAAGAUACGUUUGGACCCGGUCCUAGAACUCGCCCUGGAGAGCAACCGUAUCGAAACAGAGCAGGAGUUUACAGGAAUCAGAGUGCACCUCGGAGUCAAACACAGCCACAGCUACAGCCACGAGCAAACAAAAAUGACACCCUAUAUCGAGAGUAUCCAGUGAAUACACCUGACCUUGGCGCUUCAACAACAUCAGUUGACUCAAUUUCUGGUGGUAUUACUGGAGGAGGUGGAUAUGGAUAUGAUUCUACUGAAAAUGAUAAUGCACCUCUGCUGGACCAGAAUGCACGAACAAAGACACCUGCUCCGGUCUUGCCCCGGAAUAAUACCAGUCAAACCAACAUCUACAAUCGCCGACCAAGUGUACCACCAAAAGGUGCCAACCUAUCAACUCCUCGUGAAAAUUUUGUGCCAAACCAAUCAAACCGGAAUGCCAAUCCAUAUCAGACUCAGCAACCCAACACCAAUUCCAAUCCAUUCCCAACUAACCAAUUCAAUCCGAAUGUCAAUCAAUACCAAAAUAAUGGUCAAAAGCCCUAUCGAAAUAUGGCAACGAACACGCGAGUUCAACAGCCAUACCAACCAAGCAAUGUCGCUCCUACAGGAAUGUCAAAUUACAGCCAAGCACCGUCUUUCGGUACACAACCCAACUUUCCAAACACUGUACAAACAAGUGACCAGUCACAGACCGGAUUGCAAGACUACGAUGGUAGACCACCGCGACCAGAUCCAUACCGGUUGGUGCCAUUCCCGGAUCCUAAUGCUGAACGACAGCGACCGACGCCUUAUCCAGUUGAUGGCCGAAGCUUGACAAGUACACCUUUCAACACCACCAACCCAUUAAGUUCUUAUCCCGCAAAUAUCAGUCAAGGGCCAGUUGUACCCCAAGGAAUGGAGCUACGAUCAGUUCCCCAGCAGCCUGUAGUUGUAGUUGACCAACCAAGACCACUCGUGAAACAAAAAUCUCUGCCAAUACAGACACAGAUUCCACCGAAGUCCGUCAGUCGCCAGAAAACCAUGCCUGCUGCCAUUCCAGUAAAUAAAGAGAUGCCCAUGUCCAGGAAAAGCACACUUUUGCCUGACGAAAUUGAACACAGAGAGCCCAAACUACCAUUUAGCAGUGUCCCUGAUACAAACCUUCCUUCAUCCAGAGGGAGUAAACUGGAACCCAGCGAUCUUGAAUUCCGGGAGCCAAAACUGCCAUUCACUUCCACAGUUGAAAACGACCCUUCUUCUGAUGAGUCUGAUGCUGAUACCUUUGACUUUGGCAAACCAGAGCUAUCUGCACAUCUAAGAAGACAGCUAUCAGCAGAGACCAAACCCUCACCCGAGGAGCUCAAGUCCAGAGAGCCUAAACUACCCUUUGAGAGUACCUCUGAAGAAAACCACUCCACCACUGAUCACAAAACGGCAGCCGAUUUACGAAAAAGCAAGCUCUCACCAACCGAACUCCAGUUUCGAGAACCGAAACUCCCUAACUUACAAGACCGCAAUCCUUUUAGACAGUCCACGUCAUCGCUCUCAGACGCUGAAGAGGAUCUCAUCGUCUAUUCAAACGACGAGAUAUCCUCGCCUGAACAACCACCACCCUUCGGCCAUGACAACCACCCUCGAGGUCCGUCACCAGUAUCCUUUGUCUUUCAGCCCAAUGCCCCUCCUAAAGCAGCAGCCCGUCUGAGACAGCCUACCAUUCCCAAAAUCACCUUCGAGGACACCUCGUCACCCGCAUCGCAACAGUCUGGCAGGCCCAGCCCGUUCUACUAG